AUGUUCGAUCAAGAAUGGGGUUUCCAUGGCGACAGCAGGGGAGAAGUAGGGGAUAAGUGGUGGGUGAGGGAUCAGAGGUCCGAUCGAGAAUGGGGUUUCUCGGAUCUGGUUGGUUUCCAUAGUGGUAGCGGGGGAGAAGCAGAGGAUAAGUGGUGGGUGAGGAAUCAGAGGUCGACGGUGGUGGUUGGCGCUUCUGGGUUUAGAGGAGAGCUCGUGGAGGAUGUAGAGCAAGUGUUGGACGCGAGAGCAGGUUGGCACCGAUGUCGGCGACUGCUGGGGGAGAGCAGAAUCCUCAUGUUGAUAUGCUAG